AUGGUCACGCACCUCAGGGCCUCGCCCGGCGACAGGGCGCACGUCUUUCAGUCAUGCCUGGCCAAGUGCGUCAAGAUGAACUGCACCCGGUCGGAAGGUCUGGCGAGAGGGCUGGUGUGGACGUGCCCUGACGAUUGUAAAUACGAGUGCAUGUGGAAAACGGUGGACGCUUUCGUGGAAAAUGGGAUUGAUAUACCGCAAUUUUACGGCAAGUGGCCGUUCGUGCGGUGGCUGGGGAUGCAGGAGCCGGCCAGCGCCAUCUUCUCCAUCCUGAACCUGCUGGGGCACGUGCUGAUGCUGGUGCGGUUCACGCGGCUGGUGCCCCGGCGCGCGCCGCUCUACUGGCUCUGGAUCGCCUACAGCCUGGUGUGUAUCAACGCCUGGUUUUGGUCGACUGUCUUCCACGCCAAGGACAGUGACGUCACGGAGAAGCUGGACUACUUCUGUGCCUUCUCUAUGGUCCUGUUCUCGUUUUACUCCGCUUGCAUCAGGUUUCUGGGGCCGAAUCUGUCGUGCUCUACAAUUUCGGUGACGGUGCUCUGUCUCGGCUUCAUGGUCUACCACAUCCUCUACUUGUCGCUGGUCAAGUUCGACUAUGGUUACAACAUGAAGGCCAAUAUCCUUUUGGGCGCGGUGGACGUGGCUGCCUGGCUGGCCUGGUGCCACCACCAGCGGGCGCACGCCACUUACGUCUGGAAGUGCGCGCUGACGGUGAUCCUGGUGUCGGUGACGAUCUUGCUGGAGACGGCCGACUUCCCGCCGCUGUCUUGGGUACUCGACGCCCACGCCUUCUGGCACCUGAGCACCUUCCCGCUGCCGCUGCUCUGGUACAGUUUCCUCAUAGACGAUUGUCUGUACCUGCUCGGCCAGAAGAAACUCAACAAGAACGUAUGAUAUUCGGUGUACUUCAUCCGACCCAAAGUACAUCCGAUGCGCAAUCAGCCGGCCCCUCGUGGUUUCUCAACAAACUCGCAGUUGCCCCCAUUGCCAGCAGGCGGCAGCACGGUGCAAGCGCCACACCUCAAGCAGUGGUUCACAUCGGUGAGCGCUUGCGGACCAGCGCGGGGUCGUGCCGGGUCGGACUGGGUCCUGGAUCACACCGUCAUCGACGUGCCAGCUAGCUACAACCUCAGCUGACUGCGCGAGACGGUAGUGCCUCGCCGGCAGGGGCGGCCGCCAGGAUUCUCAGCCCUGAACUCUCACGGGAUUUUGUACGUUUUGUAGCUUUCUGCAGUGGUGUUCUGAACUUAUAUUUGCCUACUUGUACGGCACCGCCUUUGGUGUCAGCGUGUAGCUUUUUUGGAGACGGACAUUGAGCGAGCUGUGUGUGUACGAAGAAGUAGGCUGGAGGAUAUUUGCAUCUUCGUCCUCGAGUUGUGCAUCCAUGUGACUCCUGUUCUUCUGCAGCGCGGGGUUUUGGAUUUGGGGCGUCUUUCCCGCCAAAAAUGCGCUCAUACCGGCCUGUAAAUACUUGAUGAUACGACGCGUGGUGCAAAGAUGUAUGCAGAUAAGACAACAGAAGCUGCGUUACGUGACAAUCAGUUUUCCCGCGAGGAGGCAGACCACCUAUGGUGGACCUCUUCCCCUUCCAACAACUCUGCACGCGUCUUUGCUUCCUCCACGCGAGUCGAGCUUGUGGCAGCGGACAUCCGCGCCGAUGGGGAGGUCGGGUACAGGUUUCGGACCGACACACGCGCGUCGGCCGGACACUGGCGGCUCCGAUGGCUUUCCCAGCGCAGCCUGCCGUGCCCACCCUCACAGCGCGUGAUAGCAUGCCGGGUCUGGCUCCGCGCCAGCAGCGGGGCUUGUUUUGUACAGAGCCUGGCGGCGCCCGGGCCGCCUUCGCGUUGCUGAUUUUAUACGUGGGAGAGGGUUAAUGUGGGUGAACAGCUGGCGGCGAGGCAGACGUGCUGUGUGAUGUCUCCACUGCGGCUGGCGGAAGUCUUGUCGAGCCGCUGCUGUCGUGGUAUGGCCGAUCUACCUCGUGCUCGGUGUUAAAUUUAGUUGCCGCCGGUAUUUGUACUCUGGCUCCCGAUGGGCACGCACCAGGCUAGCUGGCGUCGGUUUAGCACAAGCUCAUUGGGCGUUGAGCUCGGGUCCGGUGGACUCAUGGAACUAGUACCUGGACGAAGGCUGCAGCUGCAACCCUCAUUUAACCCUCAGCCGGAGCGCGUAUAGUUUGAUCGAGGCAUGCGCCCUUCCAGCGUUGAAGCGCUGGUCUGUCCCACUUGUCGCUCCCGUCAGACGCCCAGGCUGGUGCGUUGUCAUGCGCUCAAAUGCUACUGGGCUCUGUGUCCUCUGCGGACACGUUUCAGCGCACAGUCCACGCAUAAGUUCACGGGUGUCUGCCGUUUGUCCGGCCUGGACCUCUGGAUGCCGGACAAGAUCAAGUAAGACGCGAGCUUUUAUGUUGUGCUGCGAAGCGGUUUGAUGGUUUUGGUGGGACGUUUCUGCCUUCUCCCAUGACUGCCGAGAAAGCAGUGCAUCAGCCACCUGUUUUGCGAAUCGAUUGGACUGACUGUACGUCUGUGAUAUGAGUCCUGACUCUCGGAGAGAUCUGCUCAGACCGACGAAGCGAUGCUUUUCUGCUCCUUCGAGGAGGUCUGGUCAUAAGCUGUGUAUCGUGGGCGCAUCAGUUUUGCUUCGUCCUGUGCUGGGGAAAGGCCUGUUCCUCAGACAGGGCUCAGUUUGCGGCACAAAUUUGACCCGGAUUGCAAUGGUUGAUCAAACGGGCGUGCGUAGUAGGAUAUUGUUGCAGUGAGUCAUUGAUAGCGAUGUUUUUGUCACAUGGUUUGCACAAUUGUUAUUGUAGAUUAUGUCAUUGCCGAAUUACAUCCGUUCACCUGAGUUGGUUGACGUUUAUAACAAACACCGAUGAUAUUGGCGUGUCGCUAAACUAACCUCGUUGCACGGCGCGUUCCAAAACUUGCCACGAACAAGCCGUACAUUUAGGAAACUACGUUAAGUCGAAAUUGUCUGGCAUUGUAUGCAUGCACAAGUUUUGUGUCCAAAAUAUCAUCCGGGGACCCCGAUUCAUGAUCACGCGCGAUGUCGCCACUGCUGGAAUGAUGGGCAUUGUUUCUGGGGACUCUUGGGCGUCCCGUGAAUGAGCCUUUCCGAGCAAGUGUUUGCUUUAGCCACCGGCUGUUGUGACUGUGAACUGGAUAUUGGAAAUGCGUGGUGGUGAUUUCUAUCCAAUAUUUGUAACUUGACAUUGGCGUUUGUACCCCUAACUUGGAAUACAAGUAUGUGUCACGUGCUGGCAUUUUGAUUUCGUGUUUAUCGCUAUGGAUCACAGAUGGAUCACAGAAGGCUGGCUGUAGUUGCGACGCACAAUUUGACGCUCAAUUCUCAUGGCGCACAACAGUGCAAGCGGCUAAGAGUGCCGAGAAGAGGACCCCAAGGUCCCAACUAAUCCAAGCUCAGUGUCUUGCUCGAAAGUCGAAGGUCCAAGUCCUCCUACACUUGAUGAAAACUCUAGUCAUAAAUGAGUGAUCUAGUUCCGAAAUGAAAAGGUGUCAAGAUAGCUCAUGGAAGACAAAAAAGGCCGCAUUGAAUCCGGAAACGGAAUUAAGACUGAUAAGACGGUAGUAUAAGCCUCAUUCCUCGGAUAAAAACCAGGAGAAUGAAGAUAUAGUUGGGUUGAUAUGUCGGUAACAUGCCUUUAUCGAAACGACAGCAGAAGUGAAUUACUAAAGAACUCCUUAUUCCCCAGAAUUCACUUCCGCUAUUGUUUCGAUAAAGGCAUUUUGCCGAAAUAUCAACCAAACUAUAUUUCCAUUCCCCUGAUUUUUAUCCGAGGGUAAUACUGCUGUCUUAUCUAUAUGAAUAAUGCUCCUCGUUAAUGCACUGAACAACUCACGAAAUCAAAACUAUCUGGUUCCCAACCGCCGAGACUAAAAAACGCGAAACGUUCCUUUCCUUUCUUUCAUCUUGGAUAAAACACUAGUUCCGGUAAACGACGGGCUUCCAGCUCAAAUUUAGGAAAUCGUUUGCCCACCGUAAUGUUACAAUACAUGCUUGCGUUAAAAUUAGCAGCGGUUACGAAACACAUAUUACAGCAGACAUGGCAGCUCUUUAGGAAACAAAUGUGGGCGCUAGAGAACAGCACCUAGGCUUACUCUCGCCUUGGCUCACGCUAUGCCACGUGUUUUUUUUCACGAAGUGCUCCGACUAGUUUUUCCUGUCCUUAGAUUUGCUUAUCUACAUUUACAAUAUUCGCAGCACUGAAAUCAGCUUGGCUUAUAAGAUAGUAAAACCAAUAUGAGGUUAAAUAAGUGAUAUAAUGUUCUCAUUGUGUUGUGAUCACUAGUAUUUUAGGUGAUGGUGGCAGCAAGUCCGCGGGUGCAGACUUCCAAUACCGGAGUGCGUUCGGACGAACUCCUGUGCUUUCGCUCAUCUACAAAGGCCACAUAGCGUACGACCAUGUUGGGGAUAAUGGAUGAGCAAAGAAGAAGCCGCCACUUACACACGAGACGAACAGAACCAUUCAUCGUUCAGAAGCAGCCGAGGAGCAGUACUUGCGUUACACGUCGGGACUGAAAAAGCCGAGUCCCCAGUUAUAUCUAACGUGCAUAAAGCAGAACAGGCAUUACACCUGCAAGACGUCCUGGGCGUUGGGGGAUGAGUGAGGGGAUAACACGCUCGGCAAGUGUUACCACGUAAUCCCAAUAUCACGAGCAGAUAGGGGCAGAAGCCUUUGAACCUCACACAAAUGGAUUAUUGCAACGCAUUGGAAUGGUGCCUGUUGCGGGUGCUAUGAAAGACAAACAGGUACAUUUAUGAAACGUUUGCGCACCGAUACACAAGUUGCACCGCCCGAUUUGUGAGUUGAUGGAAACAAAAUUUGUUAACUAUCAACCAGGCUAGGUAUGCUUAUUCUAACCGAAAAAAUCCGUAAUGCAAGAAAGAUUUACGACACGAUGACUGACCACAGUAUCGUAGACGACGUAAAUCAAUUUUCGUGGACAUUGGUCACCAGUGAUCUGGUGUCUACUUCUUUGUAACUGGUCUGUUCCAGUUGCACCUAGAUGAGGACACUGUAUGCUAUAUUCUAGACCGGUUCCGAAAAUGACUACCAUGGCCUCUGUCCGGUGGACAACAGAUACAAUCAUGAAUCGGCCGGCGCCGAGGUCGCUAAGCGAUCGAUAAACGACGCAUUCGUCGACAACGUGCAAACGAGAUGUCACGUUGUUGUCGCUGUUUAUCCAGACAUGGCAACGGUACCCAAAGACGCGUUAAACGGGUGAAUCCGUGCGUAACACCCGCGAUUAACCGGCAGUAGACACCAGCUCACAGCCUUGCCGGUGCGAUCGUCCGUUCCCGUUUGCGCCGAACCGUGGUGGUCUGCUGAAGCGGUGACACCCAGUCACCCAGAUAUGCAUCCGGUUUCGACCCGUGUGGUGCAGCUGUCUGGCAUUUAGGAUAUUGCACGCGUUUCGUGUUUUUCGACGUAGGGUUACGUUUUGCGUGCACUACAACGCUGCAGAAGAACUAUGCCCUUUCAAACAGCCUGGACGGGACAAUAAAGUUGAAAUAAAUGCUUUUCGUACAGUUGAAAUCAGUGUUCUUCGUUGAAAUAAACGUAUGGUUAAGAUAAAUGUUAUUCGUGUGGUUGCAUACUGCACUAUGCCGUGUCGGUGUACCAACAAUAUAUUAGCUUCCAGAACUCGUUACGACCAGGCUAUGUUCUUGCGAAACCAUCACGUUUAAUAAACUCACACGUGGUUGACGACCUCGCUAGUGACACCAGUAAGAUGUUUUGUGCGGCGUGCUGGACGAGCGCGGCGUUGCCAGAUGUCAGAGCUGUCGAUUUUGCCGUAGCUUUGCCGAGAAGUAAGCUAAUGAAGCUAAACAUUUUCGGCAACAAAUGUCGGUACAGUUUGUCUUUCAUGAAAAUUUCGUAGGUGGACAUACAAUGAGGUAGAGUUUGCGCGUUAACUCAAGAGGAACAUUUCUUGGAGCAUUGUCAGCUAUAAUCCGGUUAGGCUUUGGAAUUUUGAUGCAAACAAUUAAUUGGCGGUGAAUAGAGGUUUUGGCGAUUAAAACCAGGUUACAAAGCACGCAAAUAAUUAGAAGAAUAUGCGUCAAAGCAAACGGAACUAAGCGCCCAUGUCGUUUGCACGGCUGAAUCUGUCUCGUCGUAGACCCCAGUGCAUGGCAUUUGGGAUAAGUCUAUUUUAAUGCUGUCAUUGGCUGGCGUCCGGUCGAUUGCCGGCGCACGUAUGGGUUGGAUAGUUUCGGCAUUCAUUGCUGGGUUGUAGUCUACUCGACUACAUCGUUCAGUUGAUGGCACGGCUCCAUCUGCCCUGCUUAUUCAAGUGCGACGUAAAUAUUUAACAAAUAAUGACUGAAAUCAUGGCUUGCAAAUGAAACCGCGUGACCGUCUGCACACCUUGAACUACACAUUUUCCAACACAGUUGUCUGUUUUUCCUCAGCCAGAAUUUGUAAGUCGCGCGUCGGCGCGACGUCGGAUAGUAGGGAUCUAGACCCGGCCUCGAUCAGAACUCUUCAGCAUUUUGGCAAUUUAAACAUUCAUGCUAAUGAAAAAGAAGGGCGAUGCUUUGGUGACAAUUGCAGAAAAGGCCGUUCUCCUAAAACCGGCGGCACGCAAAAGCCUAACAAUUUCUAUACCACAGUUUGGAAAUGAUUGAGCUUUGUGUUGAUGAAAACUGAAUGAGACCGUGGCCAGUGGAUGCAAAGCAAUCAGCUUUAAGGCUAUCAGGGCGGCCGGGAUGCAGUAGCUCAAAACUUUAUCACGAGCUGAAUAAGACUCGCCGGACUGCGGCUUCGCUCAUGCCCAAAGGCACUAUUCAGUAGCACGGCCACGUUGCUGCAAUAAUUGCAAUAUUGUCAUUGCAGUGGUUGGACUCUUUUUUGGAAAAAUGUCUGCUUCGCUUACUUCGACCAUGACUUCAGACGCACGCGUGAAAGAAUCUCUUAGUCUCAGCUUCGGAUGAAGUGUGGUCGGUAGCAAAGCUCCCACAUAAGAAAAGGAAAAAUUUGCUAAGGGCGGGCGUGCCAAGACCUUCCAUGUCAUGUGGAAGAUGUCCCUGUGACAUAUAUAGCCAAGAGCCUGGGCCACAAUUGUCUCGCAGAUUGAACUUCAUGAGUGGUUCGGUCGAUGUAAACGCAACAAGUAACGCUUAAUUGAGAAUGCCAGUCGCAACAUUUGUGUGAGGUUUUGAAAUGUAAUAGCUAUAUUGAAGACCAUUCGAUGCAGUUCGCAGUCUUGUCCUUCUCAAGACCUAAGACCCUCUAGUUGUUAAACUGCGCGCCCGCGAAGAUGUGCUGGCUAUUUCGGGGGGACUAUUUUAAGGUCACCCAGGCGUAAAUUACGCCAUAAUAACGUCAUUUAAAUCCUGAAAUUUCAUUAGCCAUGUAACAUCAAGGUCAAGAAGAAUAUGAUUGUCGAGUUGUUCAUAUCUGGCGGUCGUGAGUGCGAUUUCCAGAUAUGACGGUCGUCAAUUGCCUUUCUGUGCAAGGUACAUGACGUCAUCAAACAAUAACGCAUUGAGAAGCAUAUUUACUCAACAGACUCAACAGUAUUGUCUAGGGCAGUCCUUUCCACUUAGAGAAACGGAAAUGGUAUUGUCUAGGGCAGUCCUUUCCACUUACAAGCAUAUCAAUAAGAAUAAGUGAGCUCAUGUCAUCAUAUCUGAUGUCUGCUUCCAUAUUUUCAAAUGCGAACCAUUCCCUUUAGCUUACGUUGCAAGCACUUCGUACAUGUCCGGCAGUUCUCCUCAUUGUUUUGUAUUCUAUCAUUUCGGCAGUCUUCAACAUUCAUAUACUUUUACUGGCAGUGGCGAUUGCAUCGCUUGAAACAAAGAGCAGGCAUACCGCGUAUCAUCUCUAGGCACGUGUCACGUCAGGCGUAACGCUCAUAAAUCCUACAAGUACAACCAUUUGCAAACGCUGCGAGCAAGGUCGGAACAUGUUUAACAACUGGUGCGAGCUUAGGAACAGACAAGGCAGUGCGAGAAUAACUCUUUUACAUCCCAAUUCGUCUGCAAAAAGGAAAUUUACUCUGGCCUGGGAAAGUAAAACUACAAACUUACAGCACUUCUAUGACGUUUUAAAAUCGCUUAGGCCCCUGAUGGAUGGCAGAGAUUCGGGGAGAUCGUAUCACUAAGCCUACAAAAUCCGAAUUUCCAGUCGAGUACCACUUUGCACACGCUUUGGGCAAAACGAGGCAGAUCUGCGAGGAGCUUGCUUUAAGCUGUUAAGAGUUCUUCAUUCGGAAUCUGUGAUGAACACUUUGCGUGGCUUAGCUGCUUCGAGAGACGUGAGCGCUAACAUCGCGCCCUGUUUCUGGUGAAACCCUUGAAGCUUUGGUGCAGAUAUAGAUCGGUGGUGUUUGAUGCAAAGCACGCAACUCAGUGAUCGUUAUCUAGCAGCGAAAGGCUUUGCAUAUACAGGUAGAUGCGUUUAUAAAGUGAUGAAUGACUGUAUCAACAUCUCAUGAAAAGAGUAGUAUCUUUGCCGCGUUGCGUACUCUGACACGAUGUCUUUGGCAGCUCAGAACUUACAAGCUAACAGCUACAGGAAUUUGAGCACAGUACAUUCGGCCUGACUGGAGUCAUUCGUACAAGAAGUCUUCCGCCGUUCCUGGUAGACACAAGUUGACAAUCUGGAAAGGAGAGCGCAUCAAAGUUACACCAGACAGCGAUAGGCGCGUUACAAAACUAUGUACAUGGGCCAUGCCACGUCACCACCAAAGAACGUUGCUCCCAAAAAUUAUAGAGCCGAGGCCUGAACAGCGUAGUCCAGAAGAGAUGGUAGCGUCUGCAGAGGUAAGAGAAGAAACUAGUGCGGCGACGUGCAAUUAUGCAGCAUUUGCAGCAUUGUAGGUAUGUUUUAUGCUUGAUGCGGAUGCUUUAGACGGGCAUUGUGUGUGGUUAUAAACGGAGCAAGCGUGAGCAAACUUGUUGGGUUUUGUAAGCGGGGUAAUUGCCACCAACGUAAAGCUCAUGCUUGGCCAAAACAGCGCACCAGUUUUUAACAGUAACGUGCUUUUACAAAUAAAAAAACAAGCAUUUGGUGUUGCUUACCUGUGCAUUUAACCGACUUGGGAGCGAUGAAAUGGUAGUAUGUGGCCAUAUUCAACAAUGGCAUCGAAAGAGCAGUCUAUAUCUAUUCUAUAUGUGUAAGAGUAUAAUUAUCGAUAGAGUUUAACGUUGACACUAAGCAAGCUUAUGCCGGUGAAAACCACGGAUCAGAGAGAAAUGUCUUGACUGCUAUUGCAUCGAACCCCUAGCACAAUUUCGCAUGUCUGGGGCGCAUGUAUUUGUAGCAGUUUAAUCACUCCACAGACCGAUUUGAAACACACAGCAUAAGAAACCUGAGCGUUCCAGUAGAGUACCUCAGCAUAAACAAGCCUAACCAACACAUCGCCAUAGUUACAAUGAAACAGCACAGGCAAACAAACUAGAGCAUCUUCAGCCCCGAGACUGACGCCAGAUGAAGUAUGAUUCGAUGACAUUGCUGUUCGAGAGAAUCGCAGUUAGUUGGGCAGCGAAUGCGUUAGGUUCGAUAAACACGUGGCCUGCGGAGGAAGGGUCUGGGCACUACGCGACCAAAGCCAUACACAGCUGAGGACUGACACUGCAGCGCCGCUGCGGAAGGGCAGACCCAGUCGCUCCCAGCCAGUGCUAGAGCCCCUGCCGACUGCCGAAGACACGGUCGACGAUCCAGCACAAGUCUCGGUUCCGUCCGAGACUUCAGCAUGCGUCAGCGCCGGGGUACGUUGCUCGCGGCGUCGCGGUUAUUGAAGCCAGCGGGUCUCAGACAAGAGCGGCAGCGCGUGAGGGGAAGUGGAGAUUAUGGCGCAUAGUGCCUGACGCGUCCGAUGCGUCUCAAGGCCGCGGCGCAACGCUUCCGGGGGGGAAAGCCGAUAUUCAAUAGAUGGAUGACACAUUGGGUAUCCAAUACGAUGCUUGUGGUGGCGACUAAAGAAACGGGACGCAGGAUUUGGUGGAAGGGGUAUCAGGUUGGGGUGAAUGCUAGUAUUUUCCAAGGUUUUUAUCAAUGUAAAAUGUGCUGAAACUUCCGCAAAUAUACAGGAUGAAUUGUCAGUGGUGAUAUGACACAAAUGUGAUGAAUAGUUGCCACGACAUACAAUUCAAAUCCCUUCCUUCGGCGAAAGGGUUUGCAUUUUUUAGUAGGAUGAAAAUAUUCAAGCCAACACAAGUGUUUUACGAGUCGCUUGAAUUUUGGUAAUGGGAUUCGCCGGCGUAAACGCGACGCUCUUGUUCACUCGAGUUAACUUGCCCGCAAAUUUCAAUACAGCAGAUGGGUGGUUAACAGCCAGAUGACAAAUGAUAACAAGAGACGAACAAACGGAUGAAUUAUUAGCUGGAAAAUGGAAAAACUCAUGAAUUCUGCGCUGCGACCAUUCUACCAUUUUUCUUCGCAAGCAACAACUUUGUAAGUGUUGCGCGGGAGGAUGUUGGUUGAGGAAAGAAAUGCGUUCCAAUUUAGCACGCAUUUUUCAGAGUUUAAGCAGCAUGAUAGAGAGUAUCUUACAUGUAACAUUUAUAAGCUCUACUAAUAUUAUAUGAGUGAGGAACUGCUGCUGCGUCCGCAGUAACGCAACAAUUUGUUUCGGAUAAAGCACUGAAUCAUAUACAAUUCGUAAGCAACCCACAACAAGCCUAAUCAGACCUAAUACGGUCUUUUCCCACUGGAAACUGUCCACCAAAUAAAAACAAAACAGAACGGGGACGCCGGGCAUCAACCGCACUACCACCACACUCGUUCGGGCCUCGGCGUUACUCUACGGCCGCUCGGCUGUCGGCGCAUGCGCGCUGGCCACCCAGGUGUCGGGGCGGCGGCGACGGCGGCGCGUCAUCCGCUCCCACCUGGUUGUGCUGGCGCUGGCGCUGGCCCGGGGCCACGGCGUCGCCGUAUCGCACCACCACCGGGUCCACCGCCACCUCCACCUCCUCCACAUGGAUGAUGGGCA